UCUUUUGCUUGGAAGAGACACGCCAACACCUCAUUCAAAAUGGCCUCUAAUAGCGACUACGCCGGACGUGGAUCAAAAUGUGCAUAAACAACACCGAGCCGUUGCUUUACUCUUCAUUCUUAACGCUACAAGCUUCGGAGGCGCGAUGUCAUGAAUGUGCUGGACUGGCAGAAUCGGCGGGGUACAUAAGAUGAGCGCUUGUUUUGCAGACAGCCCAGUCGAACCGCUGCAGCAGGGCUUCAUCUGCCUUUCUGAACCACCGAAAUGGAAAGAGUGGAGGAUGCUGUUGAUGAGCCGGGACUCGCACCGUCCGUCGAUGUCAACGACAACCGGGAGGAGUGCAAACCACGCGUUUGCGGUUCAGACCCCGAAAGAGCACGGGAGGGUUCUGUUUACAGCUCGGCAUAUGCGAAUCCGGGCGGUGCUGGACUACCCUCUCUCCCCCCGGUGGAGGUGGGGUACAGGGCCGGAGUAUUAAACGGGUUUCCCGGAAAGCUGGAGGUGGAUAUGGUGUGUGUGAAUGGAGAAGGAGGCGAGGGGGAUCGGGUUACAGGGACUUCCGAAGCUGAGUGCUGGAAUAAAUCUGACAGAAACUAUUUAAAUUCACAACCGAAGUCUGCAGUGUCAUUUAUGGGUAUAAACUCGCUGAAUAUGAAGAUGCCUAAUGGAGAUGUUAUCCAUGAACACAUGGAUCUUGAUCCGACUCAUUUGAGGUGUUUGGAUUAUGCAGAAGGAUUCAAAAGGAAGGUGACUGCUUUAGACCAAGGUGUGAAAGUGGGUAAUGGGGGGUUGUUGAUUGUGAACAGUUAUGACACCCUGUCUCAAGUCCCCUUUAGAGCAGUGGGUGGUCUUCUUUCUCCAGAAAGCUGUGUCUUUGUUCAUCAAAGCGACAGUGUCCUCUCCACGGGGAGGUCAUGUGCCACUGCUGAGAGCUCAGAGGAGACCCUGUCAGACCUCAGUGCCAAGCUGUCCUUUUCUCCCCUGGCAGAAAACACCAGCGAUUACACAGAGACCGAACCGAGCCCAGAGGAGGAUUUCAGUGACACGGGCCCUCCUCCCUUCAGGCCCCAGAACCUCCGGACUAACUCUGGUCACACAGUCUCCCUCAGCUGUGAUGCCACUCCUCUGAGCCCCGGGGAUGAUGGGUAUUUUGGAGCAUUCGAGGGCAGCCGGCGGAAGAGCGCUCCGGACAGGGUCGCUGUGGACCCUGAUGCCUCAUACGACCAGACACUUGGCACUAAGAGGCAGGGCAUUGCUGAGUUCCUGACCAGGAGUUUGUUUUCCUGGAAGCCCAAAGAGUCAAAGGGCGCAGCAUCUCACAGUGUUCCAGGAUGGAAGCUGUUUGGGAAAAUUCCACUGCGGGACAACCCUCUGAAAAACUCUAGAACCGUACAACAGGAGUAUGAGUCAGGGCCACCCACUCACCUUCAGCCAAUGAGACGCAAGAAUCUGGAGUUUGAGCCUUUGUCCACAACUGCUCUUAUUCUGGAAGACAGGCCUCCGAACCUGCCAGCUAAAUCAGAAGAGGAAUCUCAGAGACACCGGCAAGAAUACAGUGAGAUGGUUGCAGGGGCCAAGAGAAGGGAGAUGAAAGAAGCACAGAAGAAAAAACGUCAAAUGAAGGAGCGAUACCGACAGGAGGAGAACAUCGCCAAUGCCAUGGUGAUCUGGAACAUGGAAGUCCUGCCUAAUUGGGAAAGCAUGCGUAACACACGGCGUGUACGAGACCUCUGGUGGCAGGGCGUCCCGCCCAGCGUCCGCGGGAAGGUCUGGAUCCUCGCCAUCGGAAAUGAGCUCAACAUCACCCCAGAGCUGUAUGAGAUCUUCCUGUCCAGAGCCAAAGAGAAGUGGAGGAGCUUCAGUGAGAUGAGUUCAGUUAAUGAAAAUGAAGAAUGUGGAGUGUCACUGGCAGACAGAGAGUCGAGUCUGGAUUUAAUCAAGCUGGAUAUUUCCAGAACUUUCCCCUCUCUCUACAUAUUCCAGAAGGGUGGACCAUAUCAUGAUAUAUUGCACAGUUUGUUGGGGGCGUACACGUGUUACAGACCUGAUGUUGGCUAUGUUCAGGGGAUGUCCUUCAUUGCUGCUGUUCUAAUUCUGAAUUUGGAGGAAGCCGAUGCCUUCAUUGCCUUUGCCAACCUCCUUAACAAACCAUGCCAGAUGGCCUUCUUCAGAGUGGACCAUGACCUGAUGCUGAAGUAUUUUGCAGCAUUUGAGGUGUUUUUUGAGGAGAACCUUCCCAAACUAUUCCAGCACUUUCAGAACAACAGCUUGACGCCUGAUUUUUACCUCAUAGACUGGAUCUUCACUCUGUACAGCAAGUCGUUACCGCUGGAUGUGGCAUGUCGUGUUUGGGAUGUGUUUUGCCGAGAUGGAGAGGAGGCGUUAUUCCGAACAGGACUGGGAAUUCUGAGACUGUACCAGGAUGUUCUACUGCAGAUGGAUUUCAUCCACAGUGCACAGUUCCUUUCUCGGCUGCCUGAAAACACUCCUGCACACACACUCUUCUCCUGCAUCGCAAACACACAGAUGAUCAGUAACAACCGCCGGUGGAACCAGGUCUUUUCUGCUCUGAUUAAAGAUGGACUCAAAGAAACUGACAAAAGCAGCAGCAGCAACAGUCCUGCCUUAAGAAGCUAACAACUGACUCGCUCCCAGAGGAAGUGAUGAUGUUUCUUAGACUCUGGAGAGACGCCGGUCAUCACUCGGCAGUAUGACCCCAACGUCUCAGGCUCAGCCCGAUGUGCUGAAUGUCCCGUUUGAAGUAUCUCCUAAUGGACCUGUGUCCUGUUGAAGGGACAUUUCUUCACUUGCACUCGCAAGCCUGUUUAUGUGUGUGUUUGUGUAAGAAUGAGCCUGAGAAUAAGAGAUAUGUGAGUCAGGAGACUGUAUAAUGUGCCAACUUUGUCAAUGUUACUUUUGUAAUGUUGUGACUAGAAGCAUUUACACACACAAACAUAAAGAGGUCAAUGCCACAUUAUUUGAACACUCCUUUGGUUGAUGUGAACCAGAGGUAGGCCCUCUGUUAUAUGCACACACAAAAUAUAAACCUGCAGUAGCCUUUCAUUAGCACAUACCAAAUCU